UUGGUCAAGUUGGGGCCCCGGCGCGCGGUGCACGCUGGGAACGGGACGCCGCCAUUUCGCGAGGCUACCCCUAGCACGAAUCGCGAGGCUUCGUCUGCGCAGCUUCCUCGGGCUCUCUCGCCGCCUUGCCAUGGGGAGGAAGAAAAAGAAGAACGUGAAGCCCUGGUGCUGGUACUGCAACAGAGAGUUUGACGAUGAGAAGAUUUUGAUUCAACAUCAGAAAGCCAAGCAUUUCAAGUGUCACAUAUGUCACAAGAAGCUUUACACCGGGCCAGGUCUGGUCAUUCACUGUAUGCAGGUUCACAAGGAAACUGUUGAUGCAGUGCCAAAUGCUAUUCCUGGGAGGACCGACAUCGAGUUGGAAAUAUACGGCAUGGAAGGUAUCCCUGAUAAAGACGUGGAGGAGAGACGGCGUAUGAUGGAGCAGAAGUCGCUGGAGGCCAAGAAGAAGCAGAACCAAACCAGCCAGGAGAACUCUGAAGAGAGCGAGGAUGAAGAGCCCAGCACCUUCUCUGGGCAAACAGAGGCCGUACCCCAAGCCGCACCUGCCAUACCCACCAUGGCUCCCAUGCCCAACAUGAUGCCAGGGAUGCCAGCAAUGAUGCAAGGAAUGCCACCCAUGAUGCCAGGGAUGCCACCGAUGAUGCCAGGCAUGAUGCCUAUGGGUGGGAUGAUGCCUCAUGCGCAUGGAAUGCAUCCGAUGGUGCCUGGAAUGCCGCAGGCCCCUCCAGGCUACGCACCACGUCCAGGGUUGAUGCCUAUUCCCGGGCAGCACAACGGGAUGCCUCAACGACCGGUCCUGCAGCAGCCGCCUGUCACCAAGCCUCUCUUCCCGAGUGCUGGGCAGAUUUCUUCCCACCUGUCCACCGCUGUCUCUUCUUCUAUUACGUCCUCUUCGGCCUCUCCCUCUAAAUCCCUCCCUACAGCAUCACAACCCACCACGACAUCGUCUGCGCCCGUGGGCACAGACUUUAAGCCGCUGGGCGGAAUUUCACCGUCGACAGCCGGGUCGCCCCGUCCCACCUUCCCGGCGUACUCCCAGCAGCAACACCACGCCGCGCCGUCCACAGCGGGCGCCAGCACGUCGGCCCACGCUGGGGAGGCGGCGUGCAAGGCGCCUACGCUCGCGGCCAGUAAGCCUGCCGCUCUGAACGUCAACAGCGCCACGUGCCGGCUCAUCCACCCGGACGAGGACAUCUCGCUGGAGGAGAAAAGGGCGCAGAUACCAAAGUACCAGUGUAAGGUACCCAUGUAUGGCCAGACCGGGAUGGGGAACAUGGCUGGAAUGCCUGGUAUGAGGCCACCUGGCCCUCCGCAAGGUCCUUACGGUCCCGGUCCACAGGGCAUGCCCAGGUACCCACAUCACCCUGGGGGCAUGGCCCCUUAUGGCCAGGGCCACCCACCUCCUGGGCCACACAGGAUGCAGCCAUAUAACCCUGGGCCUCCUCGGCCCCCCAUGGGCAUGCCGGGAAUGAGACCUCACAUGAUGGGUCAUGGCGGGCGCUACUGAGGCAUCCAUCCAUCCAGCUGUCCCCGACCAGAGCCAGGAGCAGCUAAGUAGAAUGUGGCAUCGCACCAAUGUGACCCACCCGUACAGAAGUUAAUAUAUGCUUGUGUUUUGAUCCCAGGACACAUUUGCAUGCAGCCUACCAGAAUUUCUCUACAAUUCAUAAAAGUUGCCAUUUAAAAUACCAGGGUAGGUAGACAUCUGAAGGAAAGCAUAAUUUUUGAAUAUAUAUGGUUAGAUGUCGGUUGUUCAUUUUUGUGUUUGUCAUUUGACGAUGUUGGCGUUGACUUUUUGAAUUUAACCUGGUUGUGUACUUGUGUACUUGAACAUAACUUCUCCUAAUACACAGCACAUCUGUUUACCCUUGGACUUAUUUCUGUUUAGUUUUUAGGCUGAGAUGGAGUCACUUCACUUGCCUUGUGUAAAGGACACGCUGCAGUCUUGUAGUUGUGCCAAGGCAAGUGGAACUUUUAAUACCGCAACUCCAGUCAGAUGAUCGAUAUAGAGUGGGAAGGUCUUUCACAGCGAUACUCGCUGUUGGACUCUUAUCAAUAGAGUCCCCAAACACAGUUUGGCGAGGGCCUUUCUCUGUUACACUGAUUGCCGUGUGCAGCGGAGAGACAGCUGUCAACGUUUUAAUUGGAGAACUUGUUAUUGGUCCACACAACUUUGUCGGCACGAGGUGCAUUGAUAUUGUUAUCUCGGAUUGUUGUCUUAUAAGAACUCUUUAGCCUAGUUUAAAAACAUUUUGGUGAGAAUAUGCUCAUAGCGGUUACAUAAUUGUUCCUUCAGAGCCAAGCACAAAAUCCCCUUUCACAUUCGAGCUGUCUCUCCGCUACUGCCAAGUUGUAGUAUGUCCGGAUGUGAGCCUCUGUUCAGGAAACAAAAGGUAUAGUACCCAGCCCUAGUUUUAACAAUAAACACUUAACAAGUUUGAUUUGUUUUACAUUAGAGCCCAUAGACAUGGCAGAAUGUAAAUAAGCACUGCUUUUGCCCCCCCUCCCUCUUGACGGGAACCAGCAAAAAGGUUUGUGGAUGCAGGUUUGUGACCUCGAUUCUUGCUGUUCUUGCUGUAGUUGUGUAUUCUGUUCUUACACCAAUAAAGUCGUUGGCCUGAGGAA